AUGAAUAGCAAAAAAAGCGCUGUUUGUUACUUAACUCGAACACCUGACUCUGAAACAAUUCAAUUUGCUGAACAAUUAGCACGGGAUUCUCGGCUAUCGUCCAAUGUUGAUAUUUGUAUUAUGAUCGAUGAUAAUAAUUUUCAGAUACAAGCAAAUUCAUUAAUAAAUUUUAUUCAAAUCAAUAACAAUGAAUGUAUAUCAAAUGGUUAUCAUUCGUCGAAUAAACUUGAAAUGAACAAAGAUUGUAUAUCAUGGGAUAAAGCAUUAUAUUAUUUUUGUCAUAUAAAACAAAAUGAUUAUUCAUUUGUCUGGCUUAUUGAAGAUGAUUGUUUUAUUCCAUCAGUUGAUGCUUUUUUUUCGUUACAUGAUAAAUAUUCAAAAGGACAUAGUAGUGGAGAUUUAAUUUGUCAGAAAAACGAUGAAAAUUUAUACGGUGAUACAUCAACCUGGAAAUGGGGUGAUGUAGUUGGGAAAUUUUCACCUCCAUGGUAUCAUUCAAUGGUUUGUGCUAUUGGUUGUAGUCGAAGAUUAUUGGAUGCAAUUGGAAAUUAUGCCAAGCAAAGACGUUUUCUUCCAUUUAUUGAAUAUAUGUUUAAUACAAUUGCUAUGCAAAGUCAAAUGAAAGUUAUUAAUCCUUCAGAGUUGAGUACCAUUGUAUUUCGAGAAAAUUGGACAUCGGAACAUGUUCGUCAAAGGCCUAACAAUUGGUUUCAUCCUUUUAAAAAUGAACACGUUCGACGAGAUAUUCGUUUAGAAAUGUCAAAUUCAUCGCAGAUGCCUACGCAUAAUAUUGGAGAUCCAGGAAACAUAGGAUAUCAAGGACAAAUGCCUCAAUACCAGGGUCAAAUCCCCCCUUACCAGGGACCAAUACCUCAAUACCAGGGAUCAAUACCUCAAUACCAAGGACCAAUACCUCAAUACCAAGGACAAAUGCCUCAAUACCAGGGGCAAAUGCCUCAAUAUCCAUAUUUUAUGCCACCAUCAUAUAAUUUACCACCGAAUAGCGGAAGUGGUUUUUUUCCGCAUACUUAUCCUUCAAAUAUGCCACCUCCUUAUCCACCGCAUUAA